AUGUCGUCGCUGUACUUCCUGGCAUUCGCACUGCUGGCCUCCACCUCCCUGCUCUUCCUGCUCUGGCACUGCCGCGUCGCGCGCUCGCGCCAGCUGGAGCGGCGGCGCCUGGAGCUCCAGGACAGCACUGCUGACUCAGUCUUCCUGUCCAGCUUUGACCUGGGCUUGGGCCUGACCUACGUUGCCCGUGGCGCGCCGGCCUUCGUGAUCCGGGCCCUGCCGACACGUGUCUUCUCGAGUGGCAGCCAGCAGCCUGCUGGAAGGCAGGGCGGCGGCAACAGCAGCGAACUUGGCAAGUCAGGGGCGAAUGGCAGCGACACGGCAGGGGAUGUCGAGCUGGGCGGCGUCCGGUUAGACCAGGGCGGCAACACCGACCCAUCGCGGCUGCCGCAGCAGCGGCUGCCGCUGGCCGACCCAGCAUUUGCACAACAGCAGCAGCAGCAGCAGCAGCAGCAGCAGCAGCAGCAGCAGCAGCAGCAGCAGCAGCAGCAGCAGCAGUCAGGCGCCCUGGCUGCCAACGCGCCAGACGCGGGCGAAGGGGGACCGGCAGCAGCUGCACCUGCCGCGUCUGCAUCCGCCAGCGGCGGCCCUGUAUCGGUCGACGCAGAUGAGUGCACCAUCUGCCUGGGCAGCUAUGAGGACGGGGAGGUGUUGAAGCAGCUGCCAUGCGGGCACUCAUACCACUCAGAGUGCAUUGACGCCUGGCUUGAAAAGUCGGCGGUCUGCCCGCUCUGCAAGCACACGCUCUGGUGA